AUGCUCUGCGCUAUGUGGUUCCAGCCUACACGCUCUUCUACAACGUGCUGGAGACCGCACCCUGGCCCUCUUGGCAGUACCUCACUGAGUAUGCGGAGCAGCCCUCGGCUUGUGCGACGCCCUCGACGUUGCAUCAACCCCUCAGACAGGAGAAGGACGAGCUGUUGCAAAUUGGCCUCUCGGUGCAGGAGCUUCACUUGGCAUCAGCUGGGCAGAUCCUAG